AUGAAAAGUGUUGUUCAGUGGUUGACGUUCUUAUGUCUAUAUUUCAUCUCACUGACUGUUGCUAAUCCGACAAAUUUUACAAUUGGAUCACGUUAUAUUCCAGUACAUUUUUUUACACCUAUUAUCACUCAAAGUCUAGCAAGCCGAUGUUUUGGGUGUCUCGUACCGUCAGCAGACUGUACAGUACCGUGCUCGAGUCCUCAACGUUGUUUCAUACGUGGACCAACACCGUUUAAUCGAGACGCUUCAUCAUCGCCACCGUCAUCAGUACCGUUGCAUGGUCGAUCGGCUAUAGCCAUUCUAGAAGAAGAUAAACGAUGUUUUGCAUGUACCACUUUUCCACACGCGGGUGCUGCUAAGCGAUGCAUCGUGCCUUGUCACUAUAAUCAGCGUUGUUAUUUGAAAGCCAAACAUGCCAAUGCUACGCUAACGGAUCGUCGUUGUACUGAUGAACGAUGGGUACGCGAAUUACUUGUCGACGGUUGUCUUACAUAUAACAAUCUUUACUGGUGUAUGUGUUCAACUGAUUUAUGUAAUUCCGGUGAUUUCAACUCAAUUCGAGGGUAUGAUGAUUGUUCGAGUAGUCCAUGUCCAAGUGGUACUGUAUGUCUCGAUACGAAAGAAGGAUUCAGUUGUAUAUGUCCACCGUGGCAGGCUGAUUGUACUUACGGUGAAUAUUGCUGCUAUCUUUCAUCGAGUUCUGUAAUAUCUUAUUGUUCUUAUUUUGUAGCUUUCAGUGUGAGUUGUUCCUGUAAGAAUGGUGGUCGAUGUAUCAUGGGACUUGGAUCUUAUAUUUGUGAAUGUCCGUAUGGUUACAGUGGUGUUAAUUGUGAAACAAGAACACUAAACGAAACUUUUCUUGAACGAUUCCGUCGGCAGAGUUACGCGACGGCAACUUAUUCAUCAUCAUGUUCCUAUCGAUGCGAACGUCGAACAUGCACCUAUCGUCAAACAAGCUCGGGUUUGACACCAGCGAGUUGUACGUGCGGUCCACCAAGCCGUUCGUCUCCUAGCAGUAGUAGUUGCAAUCGAGCUCCGCAACCAUACGUUGCUUGUAAUCCGAAUCCAUGUCAACACGGCCAGACAUGCUAUUCGAUAACAUCGUAUAGCUUCUUCUGUCUGUGCCAAAGGAGCUACAUUGGACCUUUAUGUGAACGACCGAACCCUUGUUCAGCAAAUCCGUGUUCAACGGGUCAGAGAUGUGUGGUUAAUCAUCAACGCAGAGCUGUUUGUGUUUGUAAUAUACCGUAUUGCCAACGUCGAGAUAUAUGUAUACCAAAUCCCUGCAUGAAUGGUGGCACGUGUCAAAUGUCAAGCUUACUGAGUUUCACUUGUCAAUGUCGUCCUGGCUUUCAAGGACUUACUUGUCAGAUAUGUGAUGCUUGCGUACCAAAUCCAUGUCAAAAUGGAGGUUCCUGUAUCUUUGAUGAGCCGACUGGAUCUUUCCGAUGUUACUGUCCACCUGGAUAUACUGGUCGCAGUUGUGAUAUCCAGAUUGCUGCUACUACACUCAUUCCCCCUAAUCCCUGCUUGCCAAACAUUUGUCAGCAUGGUGCCACCUGUCAAGCAAAUAGUGCUGGAGGCUUCACAUGCACGUGUCCCGCUGGCUUCGAAGGCAUCCAUUGCGAAAUUCGUUCAGAUCCUUGCAACCCUCAUCCAUGCCAAAACAAUGGCAUAUGUUCAUCAAGUGGCUCUGUCUUUACAUGUUCGUGCGGUGCUGGAUUUUCUGGACAACGUUGUGAGAUCCGUGAUCCGUGUGCACAAAAUCCAUGUGUAAACAACGGUCAAUGCCAGUCUAAUAGUAUUGGAGGUUUCACAUGUAGUUGUAUCCAACCAUUUACCGGACAACGUUGUGAAGAUCGCAUUGACCCUUGUGCCAAUCAACCUUGUCGAAAUGGUGCCACCUGCUACCCAUCCAACACCAAUUCUUAUCAAUGUCUCUGCCCAGUCGGAUAUACUGGUGUUGACUGUUCAACACGUGAUCCGUGUGCAGACAAUCCCUGCUUGAAUGGUGCAACAUGCACUCCCAACAGUGUCGGAGGGUUCACUUGUCAGUGCCCUCCUGGAUACAGCGGUCAACGAUGUGAAGAUAGUGAUCCAUGCUUGUCUCAGCCGUGCAUGAAUCAAGGCAGUUGUGUGAGAGAGAAUGGUGGUUUUCGAUGUGUGUGUCCUCCGAGCUAUUCUGGCAGUCGAUGUGAAGUAUUUGAUGCAUGUGCAAGCAAUCCCUGCAUGAACGGAGGCACGUGUCAGUCGAUGAAUGGUAAUGGUGGCUAUCAAUGUUUGUGUCCAACUGGAUUCAGUGGAUCCCGCUGCGAAAUCAAGGAUCUUUGCAUUCCCAAUCCUUGCUUGAACGGUGCAUCAUGCAUACCGAAUGGUUUAGGAGGAUUUAUGUGUCAAUGUUCUCCAGGAUAUACAGGUCAACGUUGUGAAGAUAGCGAUCCAUGUUUGUCUCAGCCGUGCAUGAAUCAAGGCAGUUGUGUGAGAGAGAAUGGUGGUUUUCGAUGUGUGUGUCCUCCGAACUAUUCUGGCAGUCGAUGUGAAGUAUUUGAUGCAUGUGCCAGCAGUCCUUGCAUGAACGGAGGCACGUGCCAAACACUGAAUGGCAAUGGUGGCUAUUUAUGCAUAUGUCCUUCUGGCUAUAACGGUUCCCAAUGUGAAAAUAGAGAUCCAUGUGCACAAAACCCUUGCUUGAAUGGUGGCCGAUGUGUCGCCAAUACUAUAGGGGGUUUUACAUGCGUCUGUAUUCCACCUUAUACAGGUCAACGAUGUGAAGAGGCGAAUGCAUGUCUCAGCAACCCAUGUGGCAGCAAUGGUCAAUGUAUUCAAAGUAAUGGUGGCUAUUAUUGUCAAUGUAAUCUCGGAUAUUUUGGCAAUCAAUGUGAACAACUUGUUUGUACACCCAAUCCUUGCACGAAUGNUUGUGUGAGAGAGAAUGGUGGUUUUCGAUGUGUGUGUCCUCCGAGCUAUUCUGGCAGUCGAUGUGAAGUAUUUGAUGCAUGUGCAAGCAAUCCCUGCAUGAACGGAGGCACGUGUCAGUCGCUGAAUGGUAAUGGUGGCUAUCAAUGUUUGUGCCCAACUGGAUUCAGUGGAUCCCGCUGCGAGAAUAGAGAUCCAUGUGCGCAAAAUCCGUGUUUAAACGGGGGCCAGUGUUCCCCAAAUGGAUUUGGAGGGUUCAUGUGUCAAUGUCCGUCAGGAUAUAGCGGUGCACGUUGUGAAGACAGUGACCCUUGCCUGUCGCAACCGUGCAUGAAUCAAGGCAGUUGUGUGAGAGAGAAUGGUGGCUUUCGUUGUGCAUGCCCAUCGGGUUACACAGGCGGCCUGUGUGAAACUCGCGAUGUAUGUGCAAGUACGCCUUGCAUGAACGGAGGUACAUGCCAGUCAGUGAAUGGCAAUGGUAGUUAUCAAUGUUUAUGCCCACCCGAAUUUACGGGCAGACAAUGUGAAAUACGAGAUGCCUGUGUACCGAAUCCGUGUCUGAAUAGUGCCACAUGCUCACCCAAUGGAUUUGGUGGUUUUAUGUGUCAAUGUCCUCCAGGAUAUAGUGGCCAACGAUGCGAAGAUCAAGAUGGGUGUGCUAAUCAGCCAUGCCAAAAUCGUGGUGUGUGUGUUAGUGCACCGGGUGGUUCGUAUACAUGUCAAUGUCGCACAGGUUUCGAAGGGCCCACUUGUGAACAAGUCGACAUUUGUGGAGUAAGAAAUCCAUGUAUUUGUGGCACAUGUCAGAAUGAUCCAUAUGAACAACUUGGAUUCCGAUGUUUCUGCCCGCCUGGAUAUUCAGGCAACCGUUGUGAAAAAUUGCUGAACUGUUUGGACGGUGGUGAAGAAUGUACUAACGGUGGACGCUGUAUACAACGUCCACUUGGUGAUUACAUUUGCUCGUGUCCAUAUCCUUACUGUGGUCUUCGUUGUGAAUUUCAACGACCCUCUUGUCAAGGAGUGUCAAAUGCGAUCACCCCAUUUUCAGCAGUACCAACAACAACACCAAUCCCAGCUGGUUCAUCUUCUACAUGUUCUUCGAGUCUGUGUAAUAAUCGUGGCAUCUGUCAGCAAGUAGGUUAUGGAACAAACAUUCAAUGUUAUUGUUCGACAGGCUGGUCUGGUUCACGAUGUCAAUACAGUUUGUCAUGUAAAGAUACUCAACCCUGUCGAAACAGUGGAGUAUGCCGUGAAAUAACCGAUGAGAUCAGUGUUUGUAUCUGUUCAGACCAGUAUUGGGGAGAAAGAUGCGAAUAUGCAUAUGAAUCUGGCGCGCAACAUAGAUACAACGAACAACAGUACCAACCAGACCCUUCCUACCAAUACAACUACGCUCAUCCGACGACAAAGAGCGUGAAAAAGAAACAUGUAUUACGAAAAACAAAUAAACCCAAACAAACUACUCAAAAUUAA